GAGAAAAAAGAGCUAUUGAGUUUUGAGAGAGAGAGAUGAAGACCUCUUUAGUUGUCAUACUCUUCUUUUAUUUCCUUGGCUUUUCUUCUUCAGAAGAUUCACAGUCAGAUUCGUGCAGUUCGAACUUCACUCUCCCCGGCAUUACCUUCAACGCAACUUCACUUAAAUGCGUAUCAGUCUGGAGUUCUGAAGACUUCAUCCUCAGAUAUCAACAGCUUGGACCAAGCCUAUGGAAUUUCAUCCUCUCAGCACCAAACACGAAUUCGUAUGUAGGAAUUGGGUUCUCCCCUGAUGGUAAGAUGGUUGGGUCUAGCUCAAUAGUGGGUUGGGUUCCCUCUGGCAGUGGCAAAGGAGCGAUUAAGCAGUAUUCUCUGGAAGGGACUCGUCCAUCAACCUGUUUGCCAGACAAAGGGGAACUCAGUAUUAAGAAUAUGAGCAUUGUGUCUCAGUCGAAUCGUUUGUUCCUUGCCUUCCAACUCAACACUACUGAUCAACCAAAGUCUAAGUUGAUAUAUGCGGUUGGCCCCAAAAACAAGUUUCCAUCUUCUUCAGACUACUUAUUGUCGGAGCACCGAUCAGAGACCUCCACAACUUUAAAUUUUGCUACAGGCACAAGUUCGGAGAGUGAAGAAGAAGAGGAGGAGAAAGGUUCAGAUAGCAAAACACAAGCUAAAAGUUCCACUAUGAGGAAUACUGUUUUACUUCUAAAUGUUCUAGGAUGGGCCCUUGUUGUCAUCUUUACAUGACUGUUCUCUCUUUCUCUCUCUCGGGAAGGGGAUGUUUAAUCAACCAGAAUAAAUCUCAGCAAUCUUCUUCAUGGGGUGACCCUAGCUUCUCAAUUCUGGGCAGCUUAUUGGGUCAGACAUGGCUGGAGGUUAGGCAGCUUGAAGAACUAGCUGGAUUAAUUGUAUGCUACUUGUUCAAGUAGAGAGAUUAGAUGAGAAAUAAGCUAUGUAAGGAUUCAAGAUUAAUCCCUUUUUUCCAUUUUUUUUAUUUGUACCAAAAAUUAGGACCCACACCAUGAAUGUCUCCCAAUCAGUUUGAGUUUUAUCCAUCUGAUUGAGCAUUAUGUGUAAUAUGCAUUUUCAACUUCAAGUCAAGCUCUUUUCUACUUUCUAAUUA